AUGCGAGCCGCGUCGUCGCCCAUGGAGCCUCUCAACAAGAAUAUUCUACUGGCAGGUGAAGUGAUCGCAGAGAAAUGGAAAAUUGGUGAAAAGAUCGGAGAGGGAACAUUUAGUCAGAUCUACUCGGCGUAUUCAAUCGAGAGUCGGGAUAAAGUCGCUGUAAAAGUGGAAGCCCCCAGCUCCCUCAAGCCUGUGCUGGAGUGGGAGAGCUUGAUCCUCAAGAGUCUACAGGACUGCCCCUAUGUAUGUCGAUACUAUUAUCACGGCAAACAUGGAGACAGCACAGUGCUGGUGAUGGAGCUACUGGGAGAUAGUAUGUCGAUGCUGAGGAUGUCGCCCGACUCGAUUCACGGCGUGCCAUUGGCCAAGGCAAUUUCAGUCGGCCUGGAGAUGCUGGACUGCAUCGAGGCCUUCCAUCGCCACGGAUACGUCCAUCGAGACGUCAAGGCGUCCAACUUUGCAUUAAGUGCUCUUCCGGAGCGCAAUAUGAUGAAGCGACAACGCUACUAUAUCAUCGACUUUGGGUUGUCACGACAGCAUCUAGGAGAAGACAAACAGGUGCUGCCUGCACGUCAAGUCGCAGAGUUUCGAGGCACGUCCAUGUACGCGUCUCUGAGCUCACAUCGUCGACAGGAAUUGGGUCCUAAGGACGAUUUGUGGUCGUGGUUUUAUCUCGUGAUGGACUUUUUGCGCGGAGAACUGCCCUGGGCUGCCGACGCGCAACUUAAGAACCGACAGACGGUGCUUCGUCUUAAGGAACACUACACGGAGGCGAACCCAGGUCUGCUGGUUGAGGGUCUUCCAGGAGCCGCACAGCUGAUGGAGUUGAUGGAUUAUUUACAGUCUUUAAAUUACGAAGACAUGCCGGAUUACAAGCGAAUCCGUAAGCAACUGCAAGCUGUUGGGGAGAGUUCUCUGGCUUCUGAAAGCGACAGCGCAGACGAGGAAUCUAGUGCUGACAAGAAGGAGGCGCAGACACGGUCUGACGUCUCGGCUUUUGACUGGAAUACGUUCGAAUCGGAGCGAGAGCGAGCGUUGAAGUGGACGGAGAAGGCUGAAGAACACAAAGACAGCGACGGAGCGUCCGACUUGUUGCUGACGAUUGCUAAGCGGUACAAGACGUUCUUCGACAGCGACGGACUGUCGUUUGAAGAGCAGAUACAGGUGCAGAGUGCAGUCUAUCGGAUCGAGAAGAAGAAGCGUGCGCGCGCUAGCUUCCUAGCUCCUCCGCCCAUUCAGAGCUUCGUGAAACGUCGACAGUCGGAACAGAAAAUGCGAUCUGACGCGUUACGAAAGCGUCGCGAACGUGACUUUCAAGUGCGACAGUCGUUGGAGGUGAAGAACGAACAGGGUGCGCUGGCUGCCAACGAGAAUACUCAGGUGGAGCACGGAGCUAAGGAUGUCUCGCUUCGGCCAGUGAAAUCGGAGAGCUCCAUGGAAUUAUCUGAUACUGAGGAUGUUGGGACGAGACGGACAGGGGAAGGAAACAAUAUCUCUGCUUCACAAGCUCAGACGGGGAACGGACAACCGACACAGUUGGGCUCAGGACCAUAUCAUCAGCGACACGUGAUGCCUCCGCCUCCAGGGCCUCAGUGGAACCGCAAUUCGAACUCUGGUGGGCCGAUCCCUCCGCCCCCUUCUUUCCCUCCAGGAAUGCAGCGCUCUGGGUACGGAAUGCCUCCUUCACCACCUCCACAUGCAGGACGCUUCCCAACGAACGGGGAGAUCCCUCCGCCGCCUCCAGUUUUCCCACCGAAUGGAAGCCAGCGCACAUUUACUCCGCGUAAUGGGAAUCCUGAGAAAAUUCCUUCGGUUCGGCAGCUGGAUACCCAAGACGGCAACACGACUGGCUACCAGCGGCGCGAUAGUCAAGAUUCUGCCUCGAGUCGGCUCUAUCCGGCCGAAACGAGACCCAAAAGACCUUUACUUUCUCCCCGAGAUGGUCGACAAUAUGACUUGCCGAGGGAGACUCGAGAAGAUCGUGGCUAUGGCGUUCAUCAGCGGCCUCAAAAGUCCCCGCGGGAGACUCCUUUUGGACCUGAUCGACACAAUGAUGACCGAACGGAGAGAGAAGAGCGCGGCUAUGGCUAUCAACGGACACAUAAAUCCCCACGAGAAAGCAACAGUCUUAAGGCUGGCCGGCGCUAUGAUUCCCCGAAAGAAGAUCGUGGAUAUGGGUACCAGCAACCUAAAGGUACCCCUCGAGAAAGUCACGACCAGUACGUGAAGGAAGGACGGCAAAGCCACUCAGAUAAAGAGAAGCGACCGCGCUCACGUUCACGAUCCUCACGACGUGAAAGUCACCGUUCUCGACGUCGCUCUCACUCAUCGUCACGCUCUCGCUCAUGGUCAUACUCACGGUCUCCGUCGCGCUCCCCAUCUCCUCAUCCACACCGCCGCAGCAGUCGCGACUAUGAUCGCCAUCGUGGAAGCCGGAAAGUGAAAUCCAAGAGAGAACACUCCCGCCGUCAUCGCUCGCGUUCGUGCAGCAGCUCAAGAUCCCGAUCAAGGUCUAGUUCUCGCUCGGUAUCUGCCUCACCACCUCCGAAACGCUCCCGUCGUCGUUCGUCUGACCUGAGCCACUCCAGAUCUUCCCACCGACACUCGUCUCGUCGCCACUCGAAGGAAUAUGCCAAGAAGGAUUUUCCCGAGGACGCUUACCCGAAGGAAUACAUGUACGCUAAGAAAUACCCGCAAGACUACCGCUGCCGUUCUCCCUCGCCUGAGCGCCGACACUCGCAUCCCCGAGAGCCACAAUUUCGCCAUUCGCCAUCUCCGGAGGCUCCACGACACCGGUCUCAGUCGCGUGACUACGCCCGAGAGGAUGGAUCUUGGGGUGAGAAGCAACGGCGAUCCUCUCGAUGGCAAUCACGAUCGUAA